AUGGAAGACCCGGCAGCCCUUCUUAAGGGCAAGGAGGACAGACACUCCUUCGUAGCCUGCCGAGAAUAUGACAAUCUGUACCAGCUGGAGCUCAAGUAUUGGUCUAUUCGGACACUAAGGAAGACCGUUAGGUAUACGGGCUGCGUAGCGCUGGCUGGGCAGCUGGUUGCUGCCUUCUUGUGCUUCAUAGCGGCUCCAUGGGCGGACACUGCAGAAAGAAGCCGGAACUUGAGGUUCACGGGCUCGUUAUUGCUCUCGACUUUCUCCGCAAGCUGUCUCAUACUUUCGCUUGCAGCAAUUGGAUUCGCGUGGGUUACGAGCGUGAAAGCCCGCGUGGGCAAUGCCUUACUUUUUGUGGGCUUCCACAUUAAAUCUUUAGUGUAUUCUUCUCUCGCUUGCGCCAUCUCUGCUGCACUGCUGAAGUGCGUUGGUCUCCAAAGAACUCCACUGAAUUUCGGCGCAAGCAUUGCUUGCACCUGCCUGGUACUGAUCCAGCUGCUAGUGCAACCUGUACCUCUAGGCGGGUUCUGGGCCGUCUGCGUUGCAGCCUUUCUGUUGUUUCUUGGAGGGUCCCAGCAAUUGCUCGCUGCCCUUGCAGAAGGCGCUCUACCCAAGGGCUUUUUCGCCUUCGUCGGCUUCAGUCAUCUUUGGUGGUUGUCGCCUCUCAUUGUAGCCACAGCUCUUGCUUCUGUUUUGUUGCUCUGUCACUUUCUCGAACUGCUCCUGGCUACUGCACGGGGAGGCUACCACAUCUUCUGUCCACCGAACCCCCACCUGUACAGUUUGGAUGAAUUGGCGCGCGACGCUGCACAGGGGAAGCCUUUGUCGCUGUCUCCCUGCAAGCCACGUAGCCCCCCGUCUGUUGAGGCCUUUGCCCAACUCUUCCGCGAUAAGCUGUCCCCUCGUCUACAGGGGCCAGCCAUGGCGCAGCAGCGAAGGACUGUGGGAGGUCCUGUCCAUACAGCUUCACAGCCAGCAGCAGCCGGCCCGGGAGCUACCGUCACAGAAAAUAAACGCAACGAAAACCCACCGCAGCAGAAGAAGGCUUCCUAUGAAGGAGCGUGGCUAGUUGCCCUAUGGCUUAGGGGCCCUUUCUUCUUAGCAAGCAUUGGCGCCCUCUGUAUAGCGUUGUCCGUGGGGCUCUAUGCAGUUGUUUCUGAUUCCGAGACAACACUCCACGGUGCUCGAGGUCCCGUUGUGUUUGAUGGAGUUUCUAAGUUGCUGUUACCUGCCCAGCGGUUGCCUAUACAGCAAGUUGGGGUUUCGCUUGUCGAUGUUCAAGAGCAGAAGCCGCCGGAUGGGGGUGCCACCCCAUUGUUACAGAACUUCCCGCAACGCCAGCAGCAGCAGCAGCAAAAAGACAUGUUAUUUCCAGCGGAUCAGCACCUUCGGUGGAAGCAACGAAACCCGCAUUUGACUCGGGUCAUUGAUGCACCAACACCACCUGCUGAAAGCCGUCCAGGCGAUGCUUCCCGCGGUACCUCGAUGAAUGGUCCCAACGCGAAACUGACACCAGGCAGUUCCUUUUUACAUCUCCGGCGCAUUGAUGGCCAGCAGGAGGACAAAUCACACGAUCAACAUUGCAUGAAAAGCGCCGCAGCACUGAUGCUCCUGGCAUUGGUGCUGUUGGCGCCCCUCCUAGCAAGCAGCCUGGGCGAAUGGAUUGAAGAUAUCUUCUUUGCGCAUAUGGUGGUGAUAAAGAGAAACCCCUGGAUAAUCGUACCGCCACCGACGUUAGUUGCGCAGCCACCGACGCCCGUACUAGAGCCUGCCAAGGCAAAAGAACCGGCAUCCCCCUCCACGAACAGUUCAGACCUUCUUCUGCAGAUGACUCAAGAUCGAUUGACUCGCAAGACGCCGCGAAAUUUCCUAGGUCUGGACGCACGACUGCAGCAACAGCAGCACUCGGAGCAGCAGGCGGACCAGCAGGCAUAG